UAACCAAAACAUAGGCGACUUCUUUAGUAGUAACGUCCUUCAACAACUACCAAAACGCACACCACCGCCACCUUCUACUGUCAAACAACAAGUAACAACUCGCACUUACUUUGCUUUCAUCGCCACCUUGGGCGGACUUUCCGACACUCCUAUCUCUUCUCUAUAAACCCAACUAAGCCCCAUUUCUUCUCUUCAACUAUUUGCGGAUCCCUAGCAAACUCAAAAAUGGCGUUCGCCACCUCGCAACCGGCCACCACCACCGGCAAUCUCCUCAGCAAGCCCUUCUUCUCUUCAAAACCCCAAUCUUCCACUUCCACCUCUAUUCCAUUCCCUCCCUUGAAAUCUCGCUCUUUAGUCGUGCGUAACUCCGUCACGGUGGCGCCACCAUCGGCUGCCAAGAUUGCCAAGGAGUGCAAGAUCAAGUCCGUAAAGGCUAGGCAGAUCAUUGAUAGCAGAGGGAAUCCGACGGUCGAGGUUGAUCUUAUUACUGAUGAUCUUUACCGAUCCGCCGUCCCUAGUGGCGCCUCUACCGGGAUCUACGAGGCUUUGGAGCUUAGAGAUGGAGAUAAGAGUGUUUAUGGAGGCAAAGGUGUGCUUAAAGCUGUAAAAAAUAUUAAUGAUAUUUUGGGCCCUAAGCUAAUUGGUGUCGAUGUCAGAAAUCAAGAUGAUGUUGAUGCAAUCAUGCUGGAUAUUGAUGGAACGCCAAACAAGUCAAAACUUGGAGCUAAUGCGAUCCUUGGGGUGUCUCUGAGCAUAUGCCGGGCUGGUGCUGGAGCAAAAGGAUUGCCCUUAUACAAGCACAUUCAAGAAUUGUCGGGAACGAAGGAGCUUGUUAUGCCAGUUCCAGCUUUUAAUGUCAUAAAUGGAGGCAGUCAUGCUGGAAAUAAUUUAGCUAUGCAAGAAUUUAUGAUAUUGCCAGUAGGUGCUACCUCAUUCGCCGAGGCCUUGCGCAUGGGUAGCGAAGUUUACCAUACGCUGAAGGGAAUUAUCAAGGCAAAGUAUGGACAGGAUGCUUGCAAUGUGGGAGAUGAAGGGGGAUUUGCUCCUAAUGUGCAGGAUAAUAGGGAGGGACUUGUUUUGCUCAUCGACGCAAUCGAGAAGGCUGGUUACACUGGGAAGAUCAAAAUUGGAAUGGAUGUUGCUGCUUCAGAGUUCCUUACAAAGGACGGAAAAUAUGAUUUGAACUUUAAGAAACAACCAAAUGAUGGGGCUCAUGUGCUGUCAGCUCAGAAUCUUGGUGAACUCUAUAAGGAAUUCAUCAAGGAUUUCCCUAUUGUAUCUAUUGAAGAUCCUUUCGACCAGGAUGAUUGGAGUUCAUGGGCUUCGCUGCAGUCUUCAGUUGAUAUCCAACUUGUCGGGGAUGAUUUGUUGGUCACAAAUCCAAAGAGAAUAGCUGAAGCAAUUCAGAAAAAGGCUUGCAAUGGCUUACUUCUCAAGGUUAAUCAGAUUGGCUCAGUGACUGAGUCCAUUAGAGCAGCACUUGACUCAAAAGCAGCAGGUUGGGGCGUGAUGGUCAGCCACCGAAGUGGUGAAACCGAGGAUAACUUCAUUGCUGAUCUUUCUGUUGGCUUAGCUAGUGGACAGAUCAAGACUGGAGCUCCUUGCAGAAGUGAGCGGUUGGCCAAGUAUAAUCAGCUUCUGCGGAUUGAAGAGGAACUUGGAAAUGUACGAUAUGCAGGCGAAGCUUUCAGAUCCCCUUAGGACAAAAAGGGUACUCCUCACCUGGCGGGUUAGGGUUGCAGAUGAAUUCAGCCUCAUGAAACAUUUUCAUAGCUACAACUCCAGCUAGGAAACUAUAGAGAUUUUUGGCAGAACCAGUCGACUUAGCUGUGGAUUAAAAACAAAAGUGUCUAAUUAAUAAUACAUUAAAAACCAUGUUUUUUCAGUAUCUUGAAAGAAACAAGCGUGCAGCCAAUAAGUUUUACUUAAAAAAGUAAAUAUUGGAUAUAAGGGAGUGUCGUAUCUGUAGGACUUUUCUGGACCCUAAGGAAUGAGAAUGUCUUGGCUACUUCUGAAUUUGUUAACUUAAGUUUACGUUACAUGCAAA